AUGGCCUGGGACUCCCUGUGCAGCAGGGACUUACUGCGCCCCAAGAUAAGAAGCGGCUCAAGCCGGAUGGCUGGCAGGCAGAGCAGUGCCGAAACACCAACCCUGGAGGAGCUGCGGCGCUUGCUCUGGACACGCACACACCCCACGGGGCACGUGGAUGAAGUCUGGCCAAACCUUUACGUGGGAGAUCUGUAUGUCGCUCGUGACAAAGCACAGCUGAGCCGGAUGGGCAUCUCCCAUGUCGUGAAUGCCGCUGCCGAGCGAUUUCACAUCGACACUGGACCCAAGUUCUACAAAGAUCUGCCUGUGGAUUACUAUGGAGUAGAAGCAGAGGACAACCCAAACUUUGAUCUCAGCAUUUACUUCUACCCAGUUGCUCGCUACAUAAGAGCAGCACUGAAUUCUCCAAAAGGCAAAGUACUAGUUCACUGUGCAAUGGGAAUCAGCCGAUCUGCAACUCUUGUCCUCGCUUUCUUAAUGAUCUGUGAAGACAUGUCCCUCGCUGACGCAAUUCAGACUGUACGCUCUCACAGAGGGAUCAGCCCCAACUCUGGCUUCCUCAAGCAGCUGUGGGAGUUGGACCUCCAGUUAGGAAGACGGAAGGGCAGAGGAGCAGAGGCCUGCUAG